AGAAAAAUAAAAAAUAAAUAAAGUAAAGUGUUUAUUAUUGUUCGCAUUAUCUCAAUUAUUGUCGGUAACAGUUUGGUAACCUUAUUUUGUGGUUUUUUUUUUUUAAAGAUAAUCCGUUCUGAACGCAUCGUGCGUUGCAAUAGAUUUAAAAAACCGGCUUCAUUCAGUAAGUUUUUUUUUUUGUUUUUUGUUUUUUAAGAAUAACGUUUUCUUGCUUACAACACAUCGAAACUGCAGUUUGUUUAUUCUGAAUUCUCCCUUGGCCCUGACUUUCCGGCGACUAAUAUUUAUCUUUGGUGGUAGGCGCAUUUCUCCUUGUAGGUAUUUAGUUGAUUUUUGGACGUUUUAAAAAAAAUCUACUCAAAUAGAAAGCAUUUUCAGGCCUAUAGGCUACUGUAAACAAUUAAGGCCUACAUGAAAAAUACAGGCCUAGGCUUAAUAAUGAAUGUCCAGUUUGUAAUAGGAGUUAUGACCAGCUCACGCGAUAUUUCUAAUAUAAGCGGGUAUAUUUUCCCUUAAUGCAAAUUAUAUUAAAUUACGCGUCUAAAUAGCGUAUUUUAUUGUUAACCAAAUCAUCUUUAUUUUCCAUCAAAGUAUUGUUGUACAAAUAACCAGUUUUCAGGUUCGCUUUUUUUCUAAGAAUCGGGUGCAGGGGGUGAACGAUAAUCUGAAACAAAGAGAAACGGAGGGGUCACAUUUUACCCCCUUAACAUCUGGACAAGCAAGAAGGGGUGCUAUUUUAAGAAUCUUGAACGCUUUUACAAAACGAGGACUCCCAAUUAGAGCAAUUUGGGAUACAGCUUGUUAAAUAAAUCUUUCAUUCCAACAAGAUAAUUACACGCAAUUUACAGCCUGUAAGACGUCCCGCUUAAUGUGUAAAAAAAAAUCUAAAUGGGAGAAAAGAAGACAGGCGCAUCUAUUGCUGAGUAUUGGGGGUGGGGCGUUUGUCAUUAUAUGAAAUUACUUGCAGGUGGGAACUGCAAAAGAAGAGAAAUAAAGAAAAUGACGAGAAAAGUGCACAACAAGAGAUAACCCAGAAAAAUCAAUAAAAUCAGUCUAGUCUAAUCGAUCAAGCAAACAAAACAAAUUGGAUCAAGAUUCAAAUGUAGUUUUUUAAAAAAAAUAUGUGCCGAGAAUUUUUUUUCUUCUAAUUUUCUAAUUCACAAUUUUUUUCUUGCCUGUUAAAUGCACAUUUUUGGUUAGGCCUACUAAACUUGCGGUUAUCCUAAAAAAAAGUCAAAUAGCUACACGAUCCACUCACAAAUUAGUCUGAUAGAUGGCAACACAUAGUGAAUUUCACAUUGCAGCGUUUAAAACAGUGAACGGGCUAUUUAUAUUACAGAACAUGUAAACACAUCCAUUCUGUGGGAUAACUAGGGGAAAUUCUAUACUGUAAAUUGCGUCACACCAAAGAAUGAUUAAUGACACCACUUUUUUUUUUUUUAGAAAAUUGACUCAUUAUUUGAAUAGGAAUCUGAAACAAUGAUUACCGCUGACCGUGUGAAAUGCAGUUUUUACGUGGAGUUCAAGAUAAGGUGAUACAUGUAGUUUAUAUGCUACACUGGAUACUAAACAUUAGCACCCUAGGGGCAUUACAAAGUGUUACAAACCAAAUAUUAAUUCACAUGCUUCAAAAUAAGAUAAGAAUCGGUACUUGUGGUAUUUUUGAACAACGUCAUGCUUUCCUACACACAUUUGUCAUUACGAUAAAAGAAAAUACUAAUACAACAAUGGAGCAUGUGUUUAGAGUAUUGGUAUUCUUUAUCUAUUUAACAGAUAAACGAUAACAGGAUUUUAUGAAUGCUGUAACAUUUUUGUUAUAUGGUAUUUUAUAGCCCACAGUAGGCUGCUGGUGUUAUGCCAUAUUACUUUUGUUAUAUUUUAUUUUAAUAAACACAAAUAUUAAUUAAGGAAUUAUGUUUUAAAUGACUUGUCUUAUUAUUAUUAUUAUUAUUAUUAUUAUUAUUAUUAUUAUUAUUAUUAUUAUUAUUGUUAAUAGUAUUAUUAAUUAUCACUUAUUGGCUGCCUCCAGGGUAUAAAUGUUAAUAUUAUUCUUGCAUGUGUUUCUUAUAUGACAUUAUUGUACUGUUACAGCUGCAGUAUUUAGCUGUCAACUUAACUUGUCAUUCGAUUGCUUGAUUGGAUCAUUAACAUGUUGUAACCAGUCAUUAAAUUAAUUACUGUGUGAUUUGUUACAAAAAAUCAAGAACGGGGGAAAGAAACAGACGUGCGUUGCACAGUAAUUGGAUAUGUUAAUGUAAUGUAUUCCUUUUUAAAGGAAAUGUAUAGAGCCUCUGAGGUGCUAUUAUGUAUUGUAUUUAUUUAUUUAUCAUACCACGUUGUCUCAACUCCAAAAUGCAGAUUUCCGCCAUUUAAAUAGAUUAAUUUACUAACUGCAGCGUUCAAAUCAUUUAACGUGUUCUCAAUUGCGAAUUAAUAAUGUCGCAUCUGCGCAGGCGCGAUUUAAUACCUGUCGAAUUGAUGAAAACAAAAGUCAGCUUCCGGGACCCUUCCAAAAGUCGUCUAGUUUUAAUUUCAAAAGCGUGUUUAGCCCAUGACAAAACUGAAAAAAAAACCACACAGGCUUUUAACUGGAGCCCCAAAGGAGAAAGCAUACCCAGCACUAAAAGUUAAUGAAACUGGGGCGGUUUAUUACUGUCCCAUCACCACAGACACCAAAGACUGCACCCGUGUUGAGCUGGUUAAGAAUGUCAAUUCCGCUCAGGAAAUGGUGGAGGACAUGUGGCUGGGAGUCACUGUGGCCAGUCAAGGAGGUCCCAAUGGGGGGAGAGUUUUGGCUUGCGGACACCGCUACGUGAAGAUCUUGAUGUCGGGCUCGGAAGAGCAGAGGCGCAUGAUUGGGAAGUGCUUUGUGAGAGGGAACAAUCUGAGCUACGACCCCGAUGAUGAUUGGCAGACGCAUCACUAUGAGGUGUGCAACCCUGCCAAUGACAUGAGCAGCGAAGGCAUGUGCAACAUGGGCAUUGCAGGGGGCAUGACAGAGACAGAAGUGUACAUCGGCACCCCCGGGAGCUUCACGUGGCAAGGAAGUGUUGACGUGACCUGGUGGAACCCUGAAGCAUUCUGGGAUCUGUACGAAAGAAAGUAUCCCAACACAGACGACAAUAACAUCUAUAUCGGAUAUUCGGUACGAGAGGAAAAGAAUGUUCUUCACGCUGACAAAUACACCAUUCUAGCUGGUGCUCCUCGAGCUUCCCACAAGGGAGCAGUCUUUCUGAUGGAUAUCAACACAGAUAUUGACAUUGGGUUCAACACCAUGCUGUCCGGAGAACAAGUGGGCUCGUAUUUCGGAAACAGUAUUGCGGCAGCAGAUCUCAACAAUGAUGGCUGGAAGGACCUGCUCGUCGGAGCUCCAUUCUAUUUCGACAGGAAGGAGGAGGAAGGAGGGGCCGUUUACAUAUUCAUGAAUGAGGGCGGGGUUUUCCAGAAUACUCCCACUCUGGUCCUAAAGGGCGUCAGCGGCUCAGGGUUCGGGUUUGCCGUUGCCAGCGUUGGAGACAUUAACCAGGAUGGCUUUGAAGACAUUGCCAUUGGGGCUCCCUUUGACGGUUCUGGCAAGGUGUUCCUUUACCAGAGCAGCAAGGAGGGCCUUUCCAAAGAAGCCAGACAGCAGGUGAUUGACGGCAGUGAGAUUGGCACUGGUGGCAUCAAGACUUUUGGCUACUCCAUCAACGGGGGCCUAGACGUAGAUGAGAAUUCCUACCCGGAUAUACUGGUGGGCAGUUUGGAUGAUAAGAUCGCCCUCCUCAGAGCCCGUCCAGUUAUCCAGCUCUCCAAAACAUUCACUGUGAGCCCAAGAAUAGUGGAUCCUGCCAACUGUACCAAUGACUCCUGUAUUAAGGUGAAGCUGUGCCUCUCCUAUAUUCUCAGCAAUGGAAACACAAACUUUCAGAACAACAUCACUCUUAAGUACAGGCUGGAAGCAGACGCAGACCGGCGCUCUCCUCGAGUGAAGUUUCUCAAGUCCAGCUCUCCAUCUGUCUAUCGGGGCUUCUUCUCCAUGCCGGAGACCAAAUGUCAGACCAUCAAGCUCAUACUUACAGAUAACAUUCAAGACAAACUGCGCUCAAUUGAGUUUGCCCUGAACUAUUCCAUCUAUGAGACGAAGGCAAGGUCACACAGGGGCAUUCAGAGCCUGGAUGCCUUUCCAGUGUUAAGCGAAGAGCAAAACCACCAAGACACCCAAGAGAUUCACUUCCAGAAAGAAUGUGGGGCCGACAACAAGUGCCGGAGUAACCUGCAAAUAACGGCAGCUUUCGCCGCCUUCUCCCCCGAAGAAGAGCUGCCCAGCAAGGCUGGGAAGCAAGUGCUGCAGUACAGCCCUGAUGUGAAGAAGCUGCUUCUCAUUGUGAACGUGACCAAUCUGUGCACAAAUACUCGUGAAGCUGAGGAUGCCCACCAAGCCAUCCUCAACAUCACCCUCCCCUCAACGCUGCAGUAUUCAGGAGUCCGAUCAGAUAACAACAUUGAGUGCCAUGCUGAAGAGACAGUAAUCUGUGAACUGGGAAACCCCUUCAGAAGCGAACAGGAGGAAACGAUCCGGCUCAUUUUUGAAGCCUCUGGAAUCACCCUCAACACGCAUCAGAUUGAAGUGAUGCUCCAGCUCUCCACACAGAGUGAACAGGAUGACCUGAAUCCCAAGCCUGUCGUAUUGCUGAUACAGUACUCGGUGCAAGCCUCUUUCUCCGUGGACAAAGCAAGACAGCUGACCUAUUUCAGUGGGUCAGUGAUGGGUGAAUCAGCCAUGAAGAAAGCAGAAGAUGUGGGAAGUCCAGUGGAGUACACCUUUAAUGUUGCAGUAAAAGGGGAGCCCCUGGGAGAUAUGGCUACCCUAGCAGUGGUGUUUGUUUGGCCCUAUGAAGUCUCCAAUGGCAAGUGGCUGCUGUACUUGACUGAGAUUGUGACAAAGGGAACAGCAGAGAGUCACUGUGUUCCAAAAGGAGACAUCGUCAACCCUCUCAAUCUUGCACUGCCAAGUCGAGAAUCAAGCAGGAGAAGACGGGAGGUUGAUUUGUCUCAGGGUCUUGAGUCUGGAUCGACUCUGCCAAUGUCAAAGAGGGGAAAAGCAACGGUGUCUCUGGACUGUUUUCAAAACACCACGAGCUGCAUCACUUUCAGCUGCCCUCUUCUCAACAUGACCAAUAAAGCCACGGUGAUCGUCCGCGCACGAGUGUGGAACAGCACUCUACUGGAGGAUUACUCAGACGUAGUCCGUGUGACGGUGAACACCAAAGCCACGCUGAAACUGGACACCGAGAAACCAACGAUCGAAAUGACAGCGAUGACGCAGCCUAUUAUCCUGGAAGUGGACUCUGAAAUCCUAGAGGAGACUCCUGGGGAUAUUGCACUGUGGAUUAUCAUUGUGGCUGUGGUGGCAGGAAUUUUGCUACUGGGAUUAAUCAUACUGCUGCUGUGGAAGUGUGGCUUCUUUAAGAGAAAAAGCUACUACAGAAUAAUGCCAAAGUACCACGCAGUGAAAAUCCGUAAAGAAGAGCGCUGCCAGUACAAGGAAGGCUUCUUAACCAAGAGCCCGACUAAAAAGGACUGGAUAACGAACUGGACUGAAACGCACCAUUAUUCCAACUGACCCAGAGGCUCCACCCCUCUGCUACAGGACCACGCUUACACAGGCUACACCAAUCACAAGAGUUGGGCGACACGCCUGCACCUGAGCACGUCCCGUUUGUGACACAACAAAGAUAUAUAUAUUAUUAUAAUGUUCACCACUACAUUAUAGAUUUAAAAAAAAAUGAAUAGAAAUUGCAGGUAUGUUAUUAAAGUAUUUAACAAGUC